AGGAAGAAGACUGCUGCGGAGCGAAGUAUCCUGUCUUCCAGCAUCAUCAGUCUCCAGCACCGUCGUUUCUUUUCAGACUUAAACGCGCACAAAACUGGAUUUUGUUAUUAUUAGUCUACCUAUAUAUACCUUCUGUCACAAGUAUGUCUGACAAGAGUGAGCUGAAGGCUGAGCUGGAGAGGAAGAAACAACGGAUUGCCCAGAUUCGAGAGGAGAAAAAGAGAAAAGAGGAGGAGAAAAAAAAGAAGGAUGGAGACUCAAAGCGUGGAGGAGAGGCUAGCAGUGGCUCUGGUCAUGAAGACUCGGACCUGGAGAGGAGGAGGAGGGAGGCAGAGGCGCUGCUGCAGAGUGUUGGCAUCACCCCUGACAUAACCCACGCUCAGCCCCUGAGGGUAGUAACAGAAGAUACAUGUCUGUUUCACUACCUAGUCCCUGCCCCCAUGUCUCCUUCCAACAAAUCAGUGGGCAGUGAUGUAGGAAGUCAGGAUUCUGCAGAAGGAAACGCAGGACCAAGGACAUUGCAUUGGGAUCCUGACCCCUCUACUCUGCAACUCCACUCCGACUCUGAGCUGAUGGGACAUGGAUCUGUGAGGCUGGGCAUGUCCAAAAUGAUUCAAGUGGACUUUAUCCAGAAGGAACUGGUCUCCUACUCCAAAGAAACACAGACACCCACUGACGCACUGACACAUAGUGAGCAAAAAGCAGAUGAGGACGAGGAUGAGGAAAUAACCGCCCCCCCUCCUGCAGACGAUACCCAGGAGGAGAAGAAUGACCAGGCUGAACAACAGGAGGAGGACACUCCCAAGGAGCUGACAGAGGAGGAGAAGCUGCAGGUCUUGCACUCUGAGGAGUUCUUGUCAUUUUUUGAGCAUUCAAGCAGAAUUGUGGAGAGAGCUCUCGCUGAGCAGGUGGACGUCUGCUUCGACUACAGUGGCAGAGAUCUAGAGGAUAAGGAGGGUGACUUGCAGGCAGGUGCAAAGCUGGUUCUGAACAGACAGUUUGCAGAUGACCGCUGGUCUAAAAACAGGGUGGUCUCUUGUCUCGACUGGUGUCCUCAGUAUCCAGAGCUGCUGGUGGCCUCCUACACCAACAGCGAGGAUGCUCCCCAUGAGCCCGAUGGAGUGGCACUGGUCUGGAACAUGAAGUACAAGAAGGCCACACCUGAAUACAUCUUCCACUGCCAGUCUGAAGUGAUGUCAGUUGGGUUUGCAAAGUUUCACCCCAACCUGGUGGUGGGUGGGACAUACUCCGGACAGAUUGUCUUAUGGGAUAACAGGAGCAACAAGCGCACCCCUGUUCAGAGAACCCCCCUGUCUGCAGCUGCACACACACACCCAGUCUACUGUGUGAAUGUGGUAGGAACUCAGAAUGCUCACAACCUUAUCAGCAUUUCCACUGAUGGCAAAAUGUGCUCCUGGAGCCUCGACAUGCUCUCACAGCCACAGGACAGUCUGGAGCUUGUGUUCAAACAGAGCAAGUCAGUGGCUGUCACCACCAUGGCCUUUCCUCUGGGCGAUGUGAAUAACUUUGUGGUGGGGAGCGAGGACGGCUCUGUCUACACCGCUUGCCGCCAUGGAAGUAAGGCGGGGAUCACUGAAGUGUUUGAAGGACACCACGGCCCGGUGACUGGGCUGAGUUGUCACAGUGCUGCUGGACCUGUUGACUUCUCCCAUCUCUUCAUCUCCUCCUCUUUUGACUGGACCGUCAAACUCUGGAGCACCAAGAGUACCCGUCCACUGUACUCUUUUGAGGAUAGUUGUGACUACGUCUAUGACACAAUGUGGUCUCCAACACACCCUGCUCUGUUUGCUUGUGUGGACCUAUCUGGACGUCUGGACCUGUGGAACCUAAACAAUGAUACUGAAGUUCCCACUGCCACUGUGUGUGUGGAGGGGUCUCCUGCACUGAACUGUGUGAGAUGGGCUCACACUGGAAAAGAGAUUGCCAUUGGGGAUUCAGAGGGACACGUGUACGUCUAUGAUGUCGGGGAGCAAAUCUGUGUGCCCAAGGCUGAUGAGUGGACACGCUUCGUCAGGACACUGGCUGAGAUCAACGAGAAUCGAGAUGAAGCUGAGGAACUGGCCGGCGUCUAAUGUUACAGCUCUUUCUCAGUAAA